AUGGCAUUAUUCAAACUCCUCCCACGCACUCUGAAAGGCCGCCAAUCCUGCUCCUUCAUCUCCAUCAAUCGAUUCUCGUUUUCAUCUCCAGAGGAUGCAGCCGCUGAGCGCCGCCGACGCCGACGUCUCCUCGGGAUGCCUCUUCUUUCUGCCCUCGGCGACAUUCCGCGUCCUUCGGCCCCCGACCAGCCUCCUGUUCGCAAGCCCCAAGCAAGCCCUAGCAUUCCUAAGCUUCCCGAGGCCGCCUCUUCACUCUCUGGCCCUCGCCUUCUUCUCCAUAACAACAUCCUCUCCCUCCUCCGAUCUGGUGAUAUCCAAGAAGCCAUCCUCCUAGUUCGGCACUCCGUGUACUCCAACUGCCGCCCCACCAUUUAUACUGUCAACGCCGUUCUUUCCGCUCUCCUUAACGAGUCUCUCCACUCCGAACUCCUCUCCCUCCACCGCUUCGUCAUUCAGGCUGGCAUCGUUCCCUCAGUCGUGACGCAUAAUCUCCUAAUCCAGUCUUACAUCGAUAGCUGCAAGCUAGAUCUCGCAAUCAGUUACUAUCGAUUCUUAUGCCGUGACCUCCCACUCCUUCCGUCUCCGUCCACCUAUAGAAUUUUAGUUAAAGCCCUUUUAAGUGCAUCUAAGAUGCAAGAAGCUCUGCAGCUAAAAGAUGAGAUGAACACUUUGAUGGAACCGGAUAUUGAGGUGUACAAUCUCCUCAUGUCUGAACUUGUUGAUAGUGGAGAUCCGGACGGUGCUCUGGCUUUAUAUGAAGAAUUGACAGGGAAGCUGGGGGAAAAUCUGAAGAGCUUUGGCGGAAUUGUUCACGGGAGUCUGAUGAAGGCGUAUUUUAAGAAGGGCAUGCAGAAGGAGGCAUUGGAGUUGUACGAUUCUGUGCUCGGAAAGGAAGGUUCCCAGCUUAGGUUUACUGCACAGAGUUACAACUCAAUUCUUGAUGCUUUCUUCAAAAAUGGUAAGUUUGAAGAGUCAUUUUCUUUGUUUGAGAGGAUGAUGGCCGAGCAUUGCCCUCCAAGAAGGCUUUCUGUAAAUUUGGAGAGUUUUACCCUGAUGGUGGAUGGUUAUUGUGCGACAGGGAUGUUCAAAGAGGCCAUUGAUCUUUUUAGGAAGAUAAAUGAGAAAAAAAUUACUGCAGAUGUUUUGGCUUAUAAUAAUUUGAUAGGGAAGGUUGGGCAGAAUGGAAUGGUGGUAGUUGCUGAAGAGCUUUAUAGAGAGAUGAGAGAACAUGAUGUUAAACCAAAUGAACAUACUUUUGCUCUUCUCAUGGAAGCAUGCUUUGUGGCUCAAAGGAUAGAAGAUGCAAUUCAGUUUUUUUCUGAAAUGGCUAAUUCUGGAGUUGAGCCUGGGACUUUGGCAUACAAUACGGUUCUGUGUGGGCUGGUGAAGGCAGGGAAUCCUGCUGAGGCUAAAGCAUUUUUUGAUCGGAUGAUGGAGAAGGAGGUGAAGAGAGACCUUUUGAGUUAUGAGGUACUGUUAAAGGCAUUUUGUGAUUCCAAUAGAUUGGAUGAUUUGUUUGUGGUGGUCAGAGCCCUUUUGAUGGACAAAAAUGUGGUUUUUAAACCACAGAUGAAGGAGCUUGUGGAGGAUGCUGCUAGGGGAGAACAAAUGGAAGGGGAAUUGGCUAGGUUAUAUGAUGAGGUAGAGAAGGAGAAGAAAGAUGCUUUGGUCCGGGCUGCUGAGGAGAAGUUAAGAGCUGAUGCUCUCUCCAAGGAAGAGAGACUGAGGAAAAGAGCUGAAGCUAAGGCUAAACAGGCUGCUACUACAAAGAUUACUAAAGAACAUAUUGAAAUGCAUAUUAAAAGGUUUUCAUUAAACAAUAUCGAAGAGAAAGAAGAUGUACCACACUUCGGUGGGAUUUUCGGGAAUGGAGGAGGUCCACCAAAACAGGUUUCAGAUUGCAUUGGUUCUAGUGAAGUAUUUAAGGUCAGGAAUGCGGAUAAUAGUGCUUAG